GAGGGUUUAACUAACUACAAUACAAGUGCAGUUAAAUGUUGAAUGAUUAAUAUAAUCGUCAUCUGAUCAUAAUAUCGCAUAUGGUUCGUUCGUUUGUGUAGUUGCUCAAUUUAUUUUGACUAUUCUGUGCGAUACGUGAUAUAGUUAAAUGAAACGUAUUUAUUUGUCGCGUGAUGUUGUCUAAAAGUCAUACAGUUUCCGGAGGAGGUUAUUCCAAGAAGAAGAAAGCUCCACCACGACCGCCCCCACCUACUGCAGUUAGCAAUAAUAUCAGGGGGUCGCAGAGUUUUAGGACUGCGGGUGAGCUUCAAAACCAGAAGAUAAGUUCCUUUGGACAACGACCAUCUUACAGUGUUGAUAAUACUGGGCAAAGUGUUGGAACCGAUCUGAUUGAUUUUUCUACUCCACCGGAAACUCCAGCCACAAAAUUAGAAGGUGUUGGUAUCGGAAUGCAAUCUAAGGAGCCAGCCGAUUACAUGUACCGUGUGGGUGCAUCAAUAUUUUAUGUACGAUCACAAUUGAAGCAUCCUGCACCGAGCCAGGCUGCAAAUCCUUUCAGUCCACCGCGACCUUCGGCUCAAGCUAUGAUGGCAAGUCCUGCAAAACAGGCCGCAUCACAACAAGGAUAUCAAUCCACGCUUUAUUCAAAUGUUCCUGCUCAACAAAGUCAACAGUCUGGGUCCACCAAGUACAAGCCUACUAUUAUCAAGCGAGCUAAUGAAAAGAAUAAUAAUAUUAAGUCUGCGGUUGGGGGGUCCAAUAAUACUGAUCCAUUUAAGAGUGGAAGUGCUCGAAGUUCUUCUGGAAGUAGUGAUUGGAGCGAUUAUUCACACACAUCCUCUAAACAGCAACAGAGAUACGGCAACAUUCCAACAGCAUGGGACGAACCUCCGGAACAACAUAGAAAACCCCCACUUCCUGCUGUGGCGGCAACCAUUAUCAAGCCUAUCAUUGCGACCAAACCAUCAUUGGCCCCAAAACCAACAACGCUACUAGCAAACCGGGGUUCUACAGAAUCCAGCACUGCAUGGACGGGAUUUUCUGCUUCAAACAACAAGUUGGAGAUUCAGAAUAGUGUUUCGCACGUGCAAAGAAAUUAUUAUGAUGACCCUCCUAACUCGGAAUUUGACGAGGAUGAAGACCAAGAUGAUAGUUACGUGUCUCCCCCGAUGCCUACCGAAUCCCCUCCGCCCCCACCUCCCGAUGUGGCCUUAAACCAAUGGGUGGACAGCACUGCGGACGUUCAAACAACUUAUGUUGACAGUACUUAUACGAGUCAUAAUGUGAAUAGCUCGGAGACUGAUCGGGCGUAUGCAAUCGCAUUGUACGAUUAUUUCUCUGAUGUUGACGGCGACUUAGCUUUGCAGGUGGGAGAUUUGGUGUACCUCAUCAAGAAAAUUGAUGACAAGUGGUUGUACGGCCAAUGUGCUGGAAUAGAAGGGAUGUUCCCAUCAAACUAUGUAAAUGUUGUGGUUCCUCUAACAGACAAUGUAGAGGAAAUGUCACAACCAUUAAAUGAAAACAUUGAAGAUACUCCGUCCGUAGGAAACAGUGCUCCACAAAGCGACCAAAUCUAUUUUGCUGAUGCCCUUUACAAAUUUGAUGCAGAAGCUGAAGGUGAUUUGAGUCUCAGGCCUGGAGAUAUGGUCAAAAUUUUUGGGCGUCUGAAUGAAGACUGGUUGUACGGGGAGGUUGCUGGGUCCGUCGGUCAAUUUCCUGCCACAUUCGUCGAACCUGUGCCUUUGGAUUUGCCCAUUAUACCAACCGCAAGUUAGAGGCUAUUCUUUUAGGCGACUUAUUAUAUGAAGAUACGCAUGGAUAUCAAAAAUCACGCACCAAUCAACAUUCUAGAUUAAUAAUGUUCUCUAUAUAUUUAAUACUUGUCAUGCCAUUGUUGCUUCGCUCACACUUAUCAAUUCAUAUGAGAAAUGAAAUACAUUCCUACUUUUGAAAUGUUGUGCUUAGUUAAUGUACACGAUAAUUCAAUAAAUACUGAAUUGUUACCAAA